ACUGAAACCUCAGCGGGCACAGCUGCUGUAGCCCUAGUCCCGUGGCGUAGCCCAGAGUCGGCCUGGUCCGGAGAGGGUGCAGGGAGAGCGUGGCCGGCGCAGCCCUGAGCGCCGGAGCGCGCCCCUGCUCUUAGCAGGGCUUGCCCUCGUCGUGCAGGCGCGUCCAGCCGCUGCAGCUGACAGGGGCAGCGCGCGCGGGAGUCGGCGGGGUCGCGGCAGCCGCACCUGCGCGUGCGGCCAGUGCGGGAUCCCAGCCCCACCCGGCGGGCAACGAGGGCCAGGGAGCGGGUGCGGGUGCAGGCGGGGCCCGCGGAGGGCCACCUCCUCGCCCCGCGGCCGCUGCUGGAAGAUGUCUCAGGAAAGGCCCACGUUUUACCGGCAGGAACUGAACAAGACUAUCUGGGAGGUGCCUGAGCGUUAUCAGAACCUGUCCCCGGUGGGCUCCGGCGCCUAUGGCUCCGUGUGUGCUGCUUUUGACACAAAAACUGGGUUGCGUGUGGCAGUGAAGAAGCUAUCCAGACCAUUUCAGUCCAUUAUUCAUGCCAAAAGGACCUACAGAGAACUGCGGUUACUUAAACAUAUGAAACAUGAAAAUGUUAUUGGUCUGUUGGAUGUUUUCACACCUGCAAGGUCUCUGGAGGAAUUCAAUGAUGUGUAUCUGGUGACCCAUCUCAUGGGGGCAGAUCUGAACAACAUUGUGAAAUGCCAGAAGCUUACGGAUGACCAUGUUCAGUUCCUUAUCUACCAAAUUCUUCGAGGUCUCAAGUAUAUACAUUCAGCCGACAUAAUUCACAGGGACCUAAAACCUAGUAAUCUAGCUGUGAAUGAAGACUGUGAGCUGAAGAUCUUGGAUUUCGGACUGGCUCGACACACAGAUGAUGAAAUGACAGGCUACGUGGCCACUAGGUGGUACAGGGCUCCUGAGAUCAUGCUGAACUGGAUGCAUUACAACCAGACAGUUGAUAUUUGGUCAGUGGGAUGCAUAAUGGCGGAGCUGUUGACUGGAAGAACGUUGUUUCCUGGUACAGACCAUAUUGAUCAGUUGAAGCUCAUUUUAAGACUCGUUGGAACCCCAGGGGCUGAGCUUUUGAAGAAAAUCUCCUCAGAGUCUGCAAGAAACUACAUUCAGUCUUUGACCCAGAUGCCGAAGAUGAACUUUGCAAAUGUAUUUAUUGGUGCCAACCCCUUGGCUGUCGACUUGCUGGAGAAGAUGCUUGUCUUGGACUCAGAUAAGAGAAUCACGGCAGCCCAAGCCCUCGCACACGCCUACUUUGCCCAGUACCAUGACCCUGACGACGAGCCCGUGGCCGACCCUUACGAUCAGUCCUUUGAGAGCAGGGACCUCCUGAUAGAUGAAUGGAAAAGCCUGACCUACGACGAAGUCGUCAGCUUUGUGCCGCCACCCCUUGACCAAGAAGAGAUGGAGUCCUGAGCACCUGGUUUCUUUGCUGUUGAUCCCACUUCACUGUGAGGGAAAGGCCUUUUCGCGGGAACUCUCCAAAUAUCAUUUAAGUGCCUCUUGUUGCAAAGAUUUCCUCCAUAGUGGAAGAGGGGUGUGUGUGUGUGUGUGUGUGUGUGUGUGCACGUGCACACGUGUGUUAGUAUCUGUGUGUGUAUGUCUGUCUGUCUUUGUGGGAGGGUAAGAAAAUAUGAGCAAACUAGGAUCACAGUGACUUUAUGGGGAGUUACAGCUGCUCCAUGGCAGCCUCCACUUGCUCUUUUGUGAGAGUCAGCUCUGGCAGGCGAGCGCUGCCAUCUUGUUAGGGUUUGUUAGAUCCGAGUAAACAAUGUUACACGUCCCAGAUCCCGGUCAUGCUUUUGCCACUUUGGCCUCUCCUGUGGCCCCACCUUGGUGUUGGGGUAGACCUGACCACACCCCCACAGGGGCGUAGAGAGAAGGCUCACACCUUCUGGCUGCGUCAGAUCUGAAGCCGUCCCUCAGCGAAACGUACAGCCAAAAAGGACCAACUGGCUUCUGUGCACUAGUCUAAGAUUAACUUGCUCAGUGUGAAUCUCAGAACUCAGCAGGUGUAUCUGAAACUGUAAAUAUGUUUGUGCCUUAAACGGAGAGGAGAAAGUGUAGAUAAGAGGGUGCAGCAAAUGAAGUUCUGAGCCAGGCAAGUCGUCAGGUUGUCGGACGGCCCCUCGUGAACCAGGAGCCUUCAGAGGCACCAUGUGUGCAUGUGUGAGCAUGCGUAUAUGUGCUUCUCUCUCUCUUCCUCAGCACCUCCAAGGUGAUGCCAUUUCUCUGCUUCCCCCCACCGUCAGUGCAGAGGUUUCCUGAGUAUUGGCCCCGUAGCCAGAAGCCGGUUCUUGCUGUCAGUGUACUUCCUGUGUGCUCUUUCUUUCUAGCAGAGUGACGAUGUGUUUUGCACGUCUUGCUAUUUGAGCAUGCACAGCUGCUUGUUCUGUUUUUUGGGGGGAGGCCCUGGUGCCAAGCAAGUUUGCCAGUGAAGACUUCUUGGGUAGUUCAGAACCCACGUCACCUUGCUGAUGCUAUGGGCAGGUGACAUCAUCUUCUCUUCAGCCCCCAGUGCUAUUUUGUGUUGAACACAAUUGAUACUCCAGGUGCUUUUGAUGUGAAAAUUAUGAAGAAAUGGAGCAGAUGGCUGUAUAGCAUUUUCAUUCUUGCCAUCUGGUUUUCAACCAACCAUUUUGGGGAGCCAUCACGGGAAAGAUCAGGGCUUUUCCCAGGAAUAUCUCAGACUUUGGAAGACAAGUUGUUCUCUUCACUCCCAAUAACCAGUGCUAAGAAAUGCUGAAAAUCAAAGUGAAAAAUAAAAACUCAUGAGGCCAGAAACUCCUUUUGCGAUCUUUGUCUAGAUAUGGUUAUUUACCAAAAAAGUAGCGAAGUGUCUUUUCCACUCUUCUUUGGAAAAGGCUCUUCUUGGCAGCUUAACAUUGACUUCUUGGUCUUGGUUUAGGGAGAAAUAAAUUUUGUUUCAGAAUUUUGUAUAUUGCAGGAAUACUUUGAGAAUGUGAUUCCUUUUGAUGGGGAGAAAGGGCAAAUUAUUUUAAUAUUUUGUAUUUUCAACUUUAUAAAGAUGAAAUAUCCUCAGGGGUGGAGAAAAGUUGUUUUCAUAAUUUUCUGAAUUUCAGGCACCUUGUGCUAUAUAAGGGCCCGUGUAUUUAAACCUUUUGUGAAAUAAGAAAGUGUAAAGCCACUUCCAGUGUUGGCCGUGUGACAAAAUUAUGUAUUUGGGCCAAGGUGUUUCCAUUUUUCUGUCACAGUGCAGUGACACAUGCACUCUAGGGGGACAGGUUAGGACCCCAAGUCACCUGGAGCAAGAAGGAAGGAGGCAGGCUGACGGUGAUCACACCUCACCUGGAAUUCUCCCCCUCUUUAAAGGAAGAUGAAUGCAAAGUCCUCACUUCCUUGAUACACAGUUCAAACCCUCACAGUCCCCAGCAAGAUGAAUUUUAUCAGCCAUGUUUGGUUGUAAAUGCUAGAGUGAUUUCCUACAGAAAUACUGCUCUGCAUAUUUUUUCAUAAAGGUCUGCAACUGUGACCAUGUAUGUCACGUAUAUGGAGGCUGAAAGCACCAAGGAGCCUGGACUCAGCUGGAGCCCAUGGAAGAACUCCUUGGUUUCUGAGCAUAAUGCUCCCAUCUCCUGAUUUUUCUGAACAGGAAACCGAAGCGAGAAUGCGGGAAACUGCUAUUUUAUUUGUAUUCAUGAACUUGGCUGUAAUCAGUUAUGCCAUAUAGGAUGUCAUACAAUACCACUGGUUAAAAUAAAGCCUAUUUUUCAAAUGUA